AUGCUUCUCGACAAAGCAUUGGUCACAUCCCUACUAGGACUUGCCGCUAGCUCAACAGCGCGCAUCAUCGCCACAGAUGAGGUCCCCUUAAUCGGUCCAUCCUUCCUCUCCAACUUUGAUCCUUCAAAUUCAAGCGCGAUCAACCACGCCAAAUCACAGUUCCCUGGCUUAAUUGAUAGCCUCUUCUCAACUGGCGAACUCAAUCGUACCGAUUUGGCCUUUCAUAUUGACGUGUUUUCGGCCGCUACCAAUAAAUCCAUCUAUAGCUAUUCCCAUGUCGGAGAAAACUCAAAACCAUCUUUGACAUCUGGAGAACUCAAUGACAAGACCAUCUCACGCAUCGGAAGUGUGACAAAACUCUUCACAGUCUACGCAAUCAUCGCUAAGGCUGGCAUAGAAGUAUUCGCCCACCCUGUGACGAAGUAUCUCCCCGAACUAGCGGGUAAUUCGGAUAGUGAACCAUUGGAUAGCAUCCGCUGGGAGGAUAUCACUGUUGGAGCGUUGGCAAAUCAGCAGGCUGGGUCUGGGGGUGUGGCUGACUUCCUCACAGAAUACGCGGAUCUCGAUAAGCCAUUGCAGUAUUCACCUGAAGAUCUUCUGAAGUUCUUCCGCGACGAGAGAAAGCCCGUGGUAUCUCCAUUCCGAAAUGCUGUCUAUUCUGAUGGCGGCUUUGCGAUCCUGGGACAGGUACUUGCACGUCUCUCGGGAAUGAGUUACAGGGAAGCUGUCCAUGAGGUUCUAUUUGAUCCAUUGGACCUGGAGAGCAUGUCGACGACAGUGCCAACGGGUUCGGAUCUUAAUGUUAUCGAUCGCCGCAGCAUUGACAAGAACACAUCAUGGGCCGGCGAUGUGGAAAUCGUUGCAUCAACUGGCAGUUAUUAUUCCAACGCCGCAGACCUCCGCACAGCAGGUCUUGCUAUCUUGAACUCCGAGCUACUCUCUCCGGAUACAACAUCCCAAUGGAUGAAACCUAGCAGUGGAACUGGCAGUUUGGUCGAGCUUGUCGGAGCCCCAUGGGAAAUCUCUCGCCUUGAGAUCCCCGUUACCCCAGGCUCAAACCGUACUCGGAUCUCAGACCUCUAUACCAAGGCCGGUGGAAACGUCGAUUAUACAUCCAUAUUUGCUCUGUCACCAGAUCACGGUAUUGGAUAUUCCAUCUUGGUGGCCGGUUUCACUGCCACGCCCGCCCGGUGGCCCUUGCGCAACGUGGUUGGUGGGACAUUCAUUCCUGCGGCAGAAUACGCAGCAGCAGAAAAUGCCAGACGAAACUUAGCUGGCACGUUUGUCGACGAGGCAUCACCGGAUACCAAUAUCACGUUAUCUGUUGACCGAGGCCACCCCGGGCUCGGCUUGAAGUCGUUCUGGAUUAAGGGAAACAACGCCCGCGAUCAUGCCCAUUGGCGCCUCUACCCGACUGGGCUCAACUCGUUCUCGAGGUCUUUGUCUUAUUUGUACAGGACUAAGGGUACUCUACGCGUGGCGCACCGUAUGGUAGAGCCGCAGCCCCCGAUCAAGCCUCGUGCUGCGGUGGAAGGUGGGAAGGGGGGUUUGUUCGAUAAUUCCUUCGUAUGGAUGAACCUUGACUUUGCUGGGCCCGCUGAUGAGUUUAUUUUCAACCUGGUUGAUGGUCGACUGGUCAGUGUGGAGUAUCCUGUUACUGGCUCUGUUCUCAAGCGAGUUUAA